UUCAAAUAUUCACUCACUACCGACUCACCGAGUCUCUCUCACGAGGCUCGAGCUACCUUCACAGUAGGCUUUGUUCGACAUUGCGCCGCAGUUUUUACCAAUAUGUCGCAGGCAUUGAAGUCGUUUACGCUUGAAGAAGUAGCGAAGCACAACAAAGAGGGUGAUGUGUGGAUUGUCAUCGACUCCAAGGUCUACAACAUAUCCAAGUUUGCCAACUUGCACCCCGGAGGCACUGGCGUGCUCUUGACCGAGUCCAUUGCUGGAAAGGACGCGACACAAGCCUUCUUUGGACUUCAUCGACACGAGGUCCUCUUGAGGCCUCAGUACGCCCGGCUUCAGAUUGGUACUGUAGCUGGCGAGGAGCCUGUCGUCAAAUCUCUCGCUACGGAUGAGGCGUCCCGGGUCCCAUAUGCCGAGCCGUCAUGGCUCUCUGCUGGAUACUUUAGCCCUUACUACAAGGACAGUCACAGGAGGUUCCAGCGCUCCAUGCGCAAGUUCGCUAUGGAAGUCGUGUACCCGGAUGCCCUCAGGUGCGAAGACAACGGCAAGCGCAUAUCUCAGUCCGUUCUGGAACAGUUGUGUGCAAUGAACAUCCCUGCAAUGCGACUCGGCCCCGGGAAGCACCUCCAGGGCCGUUCAUUACUCGGAGGGGUCAUAUCUUCCGAGGAGUUCGACCACUUCCAUGAGUUGAUUGUCAACUUCGAACUGUCGCGCUUCGGCACUCGCGCCUACGUGGACGCGCUCCUAGCAGGCGAAGUCAUUGGUCUACCGCCAGUGCUUAACUACGGGUCGCCGGAGCUCCGUGCAAAGGUGGUACCCGAAGUGCUCGAUGGGAAGAAGUUCAUCUGUUUGGCAAUCAGCGAGGCAUUUGCAGGAAGUGACGUGGCCGGUCUACAGACCAACGCGGUCAGAGAGGGCGAUGAGUGGGUCAUCACCGGUACCAAAAAGUGGAUUACGAACGGAAUGUUCGCGGACUACUUCACUGUAGGGUGCAGGAGCAAGGAUGGUUAUGUCGUUGUCCUUGUUCCGCGAUCCGACGAUGUCUCGACUAAAGCUAUCAAGACGGCCUAUUCGUCGACCGCCGGCACUGCCUAUGUCACAUUUGAGAAGGCGCGGGUACCGGUCGCAAAUACGUUGGGCAAGGUCGGACAGGGUUUGCAGGUGAUCCUGAGCAACUUCAAUCACGAACGAUGGAUGAUCGUCUGUACGAGUUUGAGCGCACAACGAAUGGUGGUGGAAGAGUGCCUGAAAUGGGUCAACCAACGGAUAGUGUUCGGAAAACCGCUGAGCUCGCAAGCGGUCGUACGCUCGAAACUGGCAAGUAUGAUCGCACGGGUGGAAAGCGGCCAGGCUUGGCUCGAGUCCAUCACCCACCAGAUGAACAACAUGGCAUACGACGAGCAGUCCGACAAGUGGCCGGCCAGAUCGGCUCUUGAAGCACGUUCCGCGUUGUUGUGCAGGUUCAUUACACGCACGGGCCGUGAGACUGCGGAAGAUGCCACACAGAUAUUCGGUGGCUUCCAUCGCACAUCACCGUACGACGCCAUCCUCGGUGGCCAAGAAGAUGUCCUUGGGGAUCUCGGAGUGCGGCAGGCCAUAAAGAAGAUGCCCAAGGGCGCGAGGCUUUGAUAGCUAGCUGGGAAGCUGCUGAGGGUCGUCCGCAAUUCGCUCGCAAUAUCUUGCAUGCCAUCUUUGUGUUAUCUUGCAUAUGUUUGGAAGCAGGCAAUGGCAACGGUAGCUUUUGGCUGAUCAUCGGAACUGCCCAUUCCGUCUAAGGCCACCCAGACCACGCAAUACUAUGGAAAAUCGUGAUUAAACGAGCCACUCUGCCAGCCUGGGCAGUGAACUUGAAGGUGGCCUGAGGUCCAGGAACUUCAAGUUGGUUUCGCUUUGCGUCUGUUCAUAUUGGUGCCAGAUCCGAUCCUACUAAUCAGGACUUCAAGUUGUAUGGCCUCAGCCUUGAGGCCUGAGGGAGUUCCUAUAUAGCCUCGGUAGUUCUCCGACACAUCAGAUUGGCCAUGAAU